CAGUGUGAUCAGAAUUGCUGGCAGCGAUUUUUUCACUUUCAUGCAGUCAAUUAGCUCAAAGCCACUUUCUCCGUUCGAAAAAGGCCGAAAUCGUUUUGCCAACAAUAAGGCUUCGCUCUCACAUAAUAUUUCAUAAUUUUCAGUACGGGCUUCUGCGGUUAGUGUGAUCUAGAAAUUCGCGUAUUGUUGAGGGUGAUUGCAAAGGAGAUCCCACAUACAGUAGAAACAUGACACAGUGGCCUGCAUUAUUUGUUCCAAUAAUAAUCUCCACAAUAUGGCGGCAAUGUUAUGGCGAAGUGUUUUCUUCUACUGCGCAUAUGCAGUCUGUGAUUUCAACAGAAAUCGAAAUGGUUAAACAGCUGGAGGAAUAUAUUGCGCUUCAGGAAGCUAAAGUCGACAAGCUUGCGAAGUACAUAGAUAAGUUAUCUGCAUUGUCGGAAGAUGCGGAGAAGCAUGGGAUUUUGCAUCCAGCGGUGGCCUUCCUUCAUUCCAAAGUACUGUCAAGGGAUUUGGAUGAGUUGAUUGAGUACUACACAAAACACCGUGAAGCAGAACAAAAAGCUGAGUCCAUACGGGCUUUCCGGAAGAAGCAGCCGUUUGCCCCCGACGAGAACGAUCUGCGUGGCGCCGUUAUCGCCCUGACUCGCCUGCAGCGCACCUACAAGAUCACCGCCAAAGAAUUAGCGGACGGUAGUUCGCCUGCUCUCCCCACCGACCAGCCUAAAAUGUCGGUCAGUGACUGCUAUACCGUGGCAAACGAGCUUUUCAAACAGGAGUGGUACGAUCAGAGUUACGAAUGGUUCGAAAUCGUGUGGAAUCGCUGCACCAACCGGGCCAGUGGUAUUCUGCUGCCGGAUCCCGAUGGCGAGUGUACCGCAUCCGUCGUGGCCAGUGCGUUGGCUAAAUCCAGCUACAUCCUGUACCAUGUGGACAUGAACACGACAGCGGCAGUGCUACAAGCCGCCGAAGCAUUGGCCUACGAAGAGUCCAAUCGCGAUGCACUGGACUAUAUCAAGUUGUACUACACGCCGCUAUCGGAUUAUCACGAGGAUCUGGUGAACUGGACACAGUCCGACCAGUCCGAUGCAAAGCAUCCUGUACAUCGGGAUGACCGGUUUGAUUCACUGUGCCGCGGCGAAGAUAAUGACCGGGAUCACCGGACCAAACAAAAACGGCCGUGCUAUCAAAUUUCUUUUGACAAGCCUUUUUUGAAAGCCCAACCAGUGCGGGUGGAGCAAUUGAGCGCUGAUCCCUACAUCCUUAUCUAUCGUAAUUUUAUGCAUCCCAAAGAAACUGACCACAUGAUCCGAAUUGGUACCGAGUUCCUGGCCAGAGCAGUGGUACAAAGGCCAACUCAUCUGAAUGGCUCCCAAGCUGUAACGGAUUAUGAUAUGGAUCAAGUGACCUUUACGCGGACUGCGAAAACGGCUUGGUUCAAUCACGAUUACAACGAACUGACGCGCGCAAUUAGCGCUCGAAUUCAUCAGUUCACUGGUUUGGACAUGUCUGGAGCGGAACAGUUACAGUUGGCUAACUAUGGAAUUGGCGGUCAUUAUUAUCCACAUUACGAUUAUUUCGGCCAUGGUGAUCCGCGCAUGGAGCCAAAAGAACUCGAAAAAGAACGCAUCGCAACAUUUAUGGUGUACCUGACUGACGUACAAGCAGGCGGUGCUACUGUUUUCAUAAAUCAAAACAUAACCGUCUGGCCAAGGAAAGGCGAUGCUGUGUUCUGGUACAAUUUGCAUCGAGAUGGCAAAGGCCACAAGGGAACUCUGCAUGCUGGAUGUCCGGUGCUGGCCGGUAAUAAAUGGGUACUGAAUGUGUGGAUUCGCACCGAAGGACAGGAACUAAUUCGACCAUGUUUAAUGCAACCGGAUAGCCCGACCGAAACCCAGGCAACUAAAAUAGUGACAAGGAUAUCGGAAAUCCUAAUGUAUCUGAAGAAUGCCUAGUCUUUCAACGAGUUUAUAAGCCCUGCAGAAUUUAAUUUAUUGUUAGGAAAGAAAUAAAUAUCAUAU